AUUGUGCCUGUUCACAACAGCGAAUGCUGGUUAGAUGAAUGCUUGAAGUCAGUUUGGGAACAAGAUUUUGAAGGAACCAUGGAGCUGUCAGUUUUUAAUGAUGCUAGUAAGGAUGGUUCAUCUGCAAUAAUUGAGAAAUGGAAGAUCAAGCUGGAAGAUGCUGGUGUUCCAGUAAUCAUUGGUAGUAAUGAUUCAUCUCAACCUCGAGGUGUUGGAUUUGCUAAAAAUCAAGCAGUAAUGCAGAGCUCAGGAACCUAUCUCUGCUUCCUGGAUUCAGAUGAUGUGAUGAUGCCACAGCGGGUUAGACUGCAGCACGAAGCUGCCAUUCAACACCCAAACAGUAUUAUUGGGUGCCAAGUCAGAAGAGAACCCCUGGAUUCCACUGAACGUUACACGCGUUGGAUCAAUAAUCUAACUGAAGAACAACUUCUCACACAGAUAUAUACUUCCCAUGGGCCUACUGUGAUCAUGCCAACCUGGUUCUGUUCUCGAGAAUGGUUUUUUCAUGUGGGAAAAUUUGAUGAGGAUGGGAAGGGUGUUCCAGAAGAUUUGUUGUUUUUUUAUCAACAUAUCCAAAAGGGGGGUGAAGUCUUUCGAGUCAACCAUUGCCUCCUGCUGUACCGUUACCAUCCACAGGCUGCGACUCAUUCCAUCCUAGAGGGAACCAUCUGGAAUCACCGAGUCAGGUUUCUUGAAGACAGAGUCCUGAGCUCCUGGGCAUCAUUCACCAUUUGGAAUGCUGGCAAGCAGGGCAAGAAGCUCUACAGAAGCUUGUCACCAGCUAAUCAGAAAAAGGUAACUGCAUUUUGUGAUGUCGAUGAAAAGAAAAUAACAAAAGGAUUCUACACUUACGAAGCCUCUGAGGAGAGACCAAAACCCAGGAUUCCUAUUUGUCACUUCAGAGAUGCUGCUCCUCCUUUCAUCAUCUGUGUGAAGCUGGAUUUGACAGGUGGAGCAUUUGAAGCAAACCUGAACAUGCUGAACUUGAAGGAAGGGACCGAUUAUUAUCACUUCAACUAA